UUUCUCUCUCUCUCUCUCUCUCUCUCCUCUCUCUAUAGCGCGCCGGUUCCAAUGGCCUCCGUCGCUGAUACCCUAGAGAACGAUACCAUCGGAUUCCCGGAGAACAAGACCCUUCCGCCGGAGGAAACCGGUUCGUCCGCCGAGUUAUACGGAAACCCUAGCGUCGACGCCGAAUUGAGUCAGCCAGAGGAGAACUUAGCUACCGGAACUGUCGCCGGAAUGAAAGGGUCCGAGGCGGCGAAGUGGCCGGGUUGGCCGGGAGACUGUGUGUUCCGUCUGAUCGUGCCUGUGACUAAGGUUGGCGCCAUUAUUGGCCGGAAAGGAGACUUCAUCAAGAAGAUGUGCGAGGAGACUCGUGCUCGCAUCAAAGUUCUCGAAGGUCCCGUUACGACUCCUGAUCGCGUCGUGCUUAUAUCUGGAAAGGAAGAACCGGAGGCUUUUUUGUCGCCUUCUAUGGAUGCAACCCUUAGGGUGUUCAGGCGAGUUUCAGGCUUACCAGAUAAUGACGAUGAUAUGCAAAACGCCGGAGUAGCCUUCUCUUCAGUGCGAUUAUUGGUGGCAUCAACUCAGGCUAUAAAUUUAAUUGGAAAACAGGGUUUCUUAAUCAAAUCCAUAGUAGAGAACUCUGGUGCAUCUGUCCGCGUCUUACCAGAAGUUUUGCUGCCAGAGGAUAAUCCAUUUUAUGCUUCGGAGGAUGAAAGGAUAGUGGAGUUGCAGGGAGAGGCAUCUAAGGUCCUAAAAGCCUUAGAAGCAGUUGUGGGUCAUCUAAGAAAAUUUCUAGUUGACCACACUGUCGUCCCUGUUUUUGAGAAGGAAUAUCUAGCCAGAGCCUCUCAAGGUCGUCGGGCAGAAGCCAUAGUUGACAAGUCAUCUCUGAGAUCUAGUUCGCAAAGUAUUAUUGAAUCCGAGUUUUCCCUCUUAUCCCGGCGGGAACCUCUGUUCCUUGAGCGUGAAUCACGGGUGGAGUCACGGAUUCAGGCCCCGGGAGUUUCUAUUUACAGUCAAGAUCCUGUUCUCUCAGCCACACGUUCUCCGGGACUUGGUCGUGUUACUGCUUCUUUUGUUACACAGGUAGCUCAAAUAAUGCAAAUACCAUUCUCUUAUGCGGAGGAUAUCAUCGGGGUGGAAGGAGCUAACAUCGCCUACAUCCGUCGAACAAGUGGAGCUUCAAUAACCAUACAAGAGAGCCCACAUCCCGAUGAAAUCACAGUAGAAAUCAAGGGAACGUCUUCACAGGUUCAAAUUGCUCAACAGCUAAUUCAAGAAUUCAUCAGCAAUCACAAGGAGCCGGUUUCAGUUUCGGUCUCUAGUGGUUAUGGUAGAAUGGACACAGGCUAUGUGCCGGCAUAUCCUCAGCUGAGCAGCCGGAAGGAACCGCUUCCAAGCAGCUAUGUGGGCUUGGAAACCACUUACAGACCGACGACUUACUCUCAGCUGAGCGGUACAUCGUACACGCCAUCGGCCUCUGCCCAAACUUAUGGUUCGGAGUAUAGAGCUUCUGAUGUUAGUGGCUACACUAGUUUCAAGCUUUAACUUCUUGUUUGCUUUUUCUGGUCUUUGGAAGUUGAGAUUGUUACCAGAUUACUCACGCUUUCAGAGGGAUUGGGCUCAGAAAGGAAGGAACAAGAAACAGGAGCAAUGUAGGUGAAUGUGUAAAGUAAUUUAGGUUUCUCUCUCUCUCUCUCUCUCUCUUUUUGGUCGAUUUUGUUUCACACUACGUCUCUCGUCAUAUUUGGACAAAUAGGACCAGUUUGAGGUUUCUUGUCAGGUAUUUAAUUAUGCAUUUAUUUUGGAA